AUGAAGCAAAACACGGCGCUUCGCGGUCUCCUCCCUAGCCUGGCUUCCUCUGGAAGGCGCAGGGGCGGAGUGUCUUUAUGCACGUUCAGCAGGUAUCUUGCUCGUGCCGAGACGCAGCAGGCGGCUUCCAGGAUUGGUACGCUUGCUCGCAAGGGGUCAAAUGGGCUCCCUAUCCGGACCCAAAGCCAGUUAACCUCUCUGCGCCAGUUGCGUGCCUUUUCCUCGGGAUCGGCAGAGGGUGACAGAUACGAGUUCAAGGCUGAAAUCCAGAAGCUGCUCCAAAUUGUGGCCCACUCACUCUAUACCGACAAGGAGGUGUUCAUCAGGGAGCUGAUCAGUAACGCAAGCGAUGCGCUGGAGAAGCUCAGAUUUCUCGAGGCGACACAAGAAGGUCUCUCCGGCACCAAGGUAGAUCCUGAUGUGUCAUACAAGAUCAAAAUAUCUGCUGAUCCGGAAUCGAAGACCUUCACCAUCGAGGACACCGGUGUAGGUAUGUCCAAGGACGAGAUAGUGAACAAUCUCGGCACCAUCGCUAAGUCUGGCUCUUUAGCAUUCCUGGAGGACCCGUCACUCAACGCCAAGGACAAGGCGAAUGCGAUCAUUGGCCAGUUCGGUGUCGGAUUCUACAGCAGCUUCGUUGUUUCUAAGAGCGUCGAAGUUUUCACACGCAGCUUUGACCCGGAAAAGGGUGUCAAGGGGUACCACUGGUCGUCUGACGGUGCAGGCUCAUUCACCAUUAAGGAGGUGGACGAUCUGCCUCGCGGAACCAAGAUCAUAUGCCACCUUCGGGACGACUGCCUAACUUUCGCGAACACGGCGAACGUGAAGCGCGUAGCCGAGAAGUUUUCGGCUUUCGUCAACUUCCCGCUAUACAUACAGGAGAAGGAGUCCGAUGUUGAGAUCACGACCCAGAAGCCACUAUGGAUGGAGACCAACGCAUCGGACGAGGAGCACACGAAGUUCUUCAGGUACCUCAACAACGCUUCCUGGGGCGAGCCUAUGUACAAAAUAUCGUUCCACUCCGAUGCUCCGCUGUCUAUUAAAUCGCUCUUUUACAUCCCAGAGGAUGCGCCCAGCAGGUUGUUCCAGUCUUCCGCGGAGGUGGGAGUUUCGCUGCACUCUAGGAAAAUAUUGAUUCAAAAGUCGGCCGAUGCCAUCAUCCCCAAGUGGCUGUUCUUCGUGAAGGGUGUCAUCGACUGUGAGGACAUCCCACUGAACGUCAGCCGUGAGCUGGUGCAGGACAGCCAGCUGGUCAAGAAGCUCGCCAACACCGUCGUCAAGCGCAUUCUGAAAUUCAUGAACGACGAGAGCAAUCGCGACCCUGAGAAGUUCAGGAAAUUCUAUGACAAAUACCACUACCACCUGAAGGAGGGUCUGCUCGACGAGUCGCACAAGAACGGCCCAUACCGUCAGCAGCUGCUGCAGCUGAUCAGGUACGAGUCGUCGAAGGGCGAACCCAAUCAACUCUUCACAUUCGAUGAGUAUAUCGCCACCAUGAAGGAAAAGCAGAAAAAUAUCUACUACUUCUGCGCCGCCAACCGUGAAACUGCGCUUGCAAGCCCCUACAUGGAAUCCUUCAAACGCAGGGACAGGAACGUGCUGUUGCUCUACGAGGACAUCGACGAGUUCGUCUCAAUGAACAUCCAGGAGUACAAGGACAAGAAGAUGGUCGCCAUCGACUCCCCUGAAGAGGACUUCGAGCCUGACCUCGAGAACGUAGACAAAGACGAAGCAGAGCUCGAAUUGCUCACCGAGGAGCAGCGAACGAAGCUAUCGGAGUUCAUGCAGGCCACCCUUGGUUCCAAGGUGAACGCCGUCAAGUUCUCCGAGCGUCUGGUGGACUCCCCUGCGGUUGUAACGGGAUUCCUCUCUGCCGCGCUGCGCAAGGUCAUGAAGGCAACCAUGAAGGGGGCGCCGGACGCCGGUGCCAGCCUCGCUUCGAUGCCGUCGACGCUGGAGCUAAACCCCAAGCACAGCAUCAACGUGACCAUUUUCCACGUCAUGCAGAACGACCCUGAGGUGGCCAAGACACUCGUCGAGCAGCUCUAUGACAACGCCUCGAUUGCCGCUGGGAUCGUCGACGACCCCCGUACGAUGUUGGGGCGGCUGAACAAGAUGCUUGAGCUCACUGCGGACUUCGCACGCAAAAACUGCAAUUAA